GCUCGCUGAUCAGAUCCACCGCAGUGCCUGGGACAUAAAGAGUGAUAGAGAGAGUGAGGGAUUUAGAGGAUGGGUAAGGGGGCUUAAAGGUAAACACACAGAGGAGGGGGCGAGAGGGAGAGAGAGGGAGAGAGAGAGAGAGAGAGGUAUAGGGUGGGAGGAACAGAGAGAAAGCCCAAAAAUCUACCAAGCCUCCCUAGUGUGAGGUUUCUUCGUCUACUGCCGUGUGCGCACGACUCUCGUGGCAGGAUGAGUUCGUGCAGCAGCCGCGCUUUGACCAUCCUGUCCACAGUGUUUGGAGCCUGUGGGCUUCUCUUGGUGGGGGUGGCCGUGUCCACAGACUACUGGCUGAUCAUGGUGGAGGGCAUUAUCCUCCAGCAGAACCAGAGCAUGGAGGUGAAGAUGGCGCUGCAUUCAGGCCUCUGGAGAGUUUGCUUUGUGGCUGGGUCAGAAAAUGGCAGAUGUGUUGCAUCGGAGUAUUUCGCUGAACCCGACACAGAGAUCACCACUGAAAACACAGCAAACAUCCUCAAAAUGGUGCGUACAGCCACACCCUUCCCGAUGGUGUCGCUGCUCUUUGUCUUCACGGCCUUCGUCAUCAGUAACAUCGGACACAUCCAGCCUCAGCGCACCAUCCUGGCCUUUGUGUCCGGCAUCUUCUUCAUCCUCUCAGGCCUGAGUCUGGUGGUGGGGCUGGUGCUCUACAUCUCCAGUAUUAAUGAUGAGGUGAUGAAUCGGCCCAGGGAGCCGGAGCACUUCUUCAACUACUACUACGGCUGGUCCUUCGCCUUUGCUGCCUCUUCCUUCUUACUCAAAGAGGGGGCCGGGGUGAUGUCAGUCUAUCUGUUCAUGAAGCGUUAUGCCGAGGAGGAGAUGUAUCGCCCCCACCCUGCUCUCUACCACCCCCGCCUGUCUGACAGCAGUGACUACAGCGGCCAGUUCCUCCACCCAGAAUCCACCUGGCCCCCGCCAAAGCGAGGCCGCAGCACCUCCGAGGCCUCCAGUGACAUCUCCAUCCAGCUCAACCAGGCGCCGCCAGCUCCGACCAAAAUCAGCCUUCAACCGGGAGGCCGCGGGAGCCCACCCUCUGGUUCCUCCUCUGCAGGCAGCUACCCAAUGCCCCCUCAGUCUGUGGGUUACCCCUCCACACACACCCUGCCCAGGUCGCACCCCUCACAUCCCCAAGGCCAAGCUUUCACCAGGCCCCCGUCACCUGUACCUCCUCCUCACUAUCAUGCACACAUGCAAAUGAGCGCCUCUCCCUGUUAGGAGGUUGUGGAGGUAAGGAGAAACCCUCACUCUUCAUAAUCACGUAUACUGUACAUUUAGAUGUGGAUGAGACUAUUAUACUGAGCAUGGAUUGCAGAUUAUGUAAGAAGAAACAGAGCGAGAGUUUUAAAACAAAAAAAAUGGUUGAAACGGAUGAUUUUUAUACAUCACAUGGAUUAUACAGAAACUGCAGUAGACAUAGAGAAACACAAAAAUAUGAACAUCUGGGAAAGAAACUGAGAAAUUCACUUUUGUCCUAAAGGAAAGAGGCAAAAAAUGUCCUGAGAAGACUUUAGAGGUUAGUUUGAGUGACAGAGAAGAUACAGGGUGAAGCAGAGCGAGGCAGGGAGAGAGCGAGGAGCUGCAGGAUAAUACACACUGCUGCAACACUGCGGGAAAUGUGUGUGCACUUGGAAAUGUACAAUGUAGAACACUGAUCACCGAGACAGAGGAUGCACAUAGUUUUAUACGUCAAAAAAUAUAUUUAAAAAAAGAAAUAAAUGAAAUAUGUACCUUUUUAUAAAGAGGUUAAUGUGAUAAAGUACAGUAAUGUGCAAAGGUCUUAGGCCAACAUUAGAUUUGUUGUUUUAGUUUCAAUGCUACGAUGAUCAUACAGUAUAAUUAUUUCUGAACACAUCCAGAAAAUACAGGAAACGUGUAUGCCGUUUUAAACCAAUAACAAUUGUGUCAGAUAAAAACUGCUUUUACAGUAAAGUAUUUAGUGUGAUCUACACUUUUCUUAAACACGGAGUCGAAACACUACAGUUUCCCACAGUCUUUAAAGUAAAGUCCAUUCAUAACUUGCAAGCUUUCAUGAAUUCUGCAACGUGUGCUCUUUUCUUUUUCUCUGAAUCUCUUACAUCAUCAGUCCAGUUUAAAGUACUACUACUACUACAGUAUAUAUAUAUAUAUAUAUAUAUAUAUAUUAGAAGAGUCAUUCUGAAAUGAGAACACACUGUAUGCGGACGUUUUUAAGAGGUGGAAGAUAUUCUGAAAUAUCACAAGGACAAAUCAACUUUAUGUUUUACGUAUUUGUUUAAUAUAUAAUGUGUGUGUGGUUUUUUUUACCUUCUUGUACAUAAACUGCACACGAGGACUUCCAUAGAGCUUACAUUAGUUAUGUAUGAAGCUUUGGCACAAGUCACAUCAGGAUAGUAUGUGACUCAUUCUGCUCAGCACACGAUAAACCAAUAACAGACACUCUGCCAGAGACGCCAUCCAUGCUGGACUGAAGAAGCAAGCGCUCCACACUGAUACAGCAGUCUGCUGCCCUCCACUGGCCAUUGUCCUGCACUGACUCUGGACCAGCCUUGGGUCUGGUUCAUUUCUGACGCUGUUAUCAAUAAUUGUGGCAUUGAGUGUGUGUGUGUGUGUGUGUAACAUGGUGGUUCAAA